AUGUCCUUGAAGUUCCCUCUCGGUGUACGCUUCAUCACUCAUUCUCUUCCUUGUACUCGUCUCGCUUCCAUGAAUUCCGGCGCACUAAUCUAUUCCUUCCGCUCUGUUCCUGUUCUCUCUAAAGCCUUUCCUUUUAGGUUAAAAUACCUUGGAUUAGGAACCCGGGUCAGUUUCUCUACCCGACCCGAGAGAACCCGAACCGAAUUCCAGAGGCGGGGUCGAGACGGAGGGGAGAUUCGCGUGUCCAAGAGCUUGAUUGAGGAUGAAGCAGAGCUCAGUGAUUGGGUAAGCGAUUUGAGGCCUAGUUCGUUGCGUGGGAAGUUCACGAGCGACGAAGAUGAGUCGGAUCGAGAGGUGGUUCGUAGAAAUGUAGACAGGGAUAACAGUAGAGGUCCGAGGAGGGGAAAGGAAGGCCAGUUUGGUGGUCCGAAAAGGGGAAAUGAAGGUGGCAUUGAUAGAUUUGGGGGUUCGAACAGGAGGAGAACUAGUGACGAGCCGGGUGAGUCGUUUAGGAACAAGCGGUUUGGUGAUCGAGACGGUGCAAGGAACGGUCGGAUUCAAGGGAAGAGUAGUGAUUCGUCUCUUCGUGGAAGGAACGAAAGAAAUGUAGAUUCAGGAUUUAGGAGAGAGCGAGGUUUGGAAACAAACAAGGGAUUGGGGAAACAGACUAGAGGUUUAAGACAGGAAGAGGAAGAUAGUAGUGACGAGGACGAGAAGACGGGAGUAUUGGGAAGCAUUGAUGAUUUGCUUAGUGAAGAUAGUAGUGAUUAUGACGAAGAAGAUGACGAGCCUAUCGUUAUUAAAGGGGUUUCUUCUAAAGCUGUAGAGGCUGAUAAGCCAAGGACUGAAAAUGCUAAAACUUCAGAUUCUUACUUGUCGAAGGCAAGGUUUGAUCAGUUCCCAUUGUCUCCCUUAUCGCUAAAAGCCAUCAAGGAUGCAGGAUUUGAGACAAUGACUGUUGUGCAGGAGGCUACUCUUCCUAUCAUUCUCAAAGGUAAAGAUGUCCUAGCCAAGGCCAAAACAGGCACUGGGAAAACAGUUGCAUUUUUGCUUCCAGCAAUUGAAGCUGUAAUAAAAUCUCCUCCUGCAAGCCGGGAUAUUAGGCAACCCCCAAUUGUUGUGCUUGUGGUAUGUCCUACUCGGGAACUUGCUUGUCAAGCUGCUGCAGAAGCAAACACCUUGCUGAAGUAUCACCCAUCUAUUGGUGUUCAAGUUGUUAUUGGAGGCACAAAGCUUCCUACAGAGCAAAGGCGUAUGCAAACAAAUCCUUGCCAGAUCCUUGUGGCUACACCUGGAAGGCUCAAGGACCAUAUUGAGAAUACUUCUGGAUUUGCAACUAAGUUGAUGGGUGUGAAAGUCCUUGUGCUUGAUGAAGCUGAUCAUCUCUUGGACAUGGGUUUCCGAAGGGAUAUUGAGAGGAUAAUAGCUGCUGUUCCUAAGCAGAGACAAACAUUUUUAUUUUCUGCCACGGUACCUGAAGAGGUCCGCCAGAUAUGCCAUAUUGCUUUGAAACGGGAUCACGAGUUCAUCAAUUGUGUUCAAGAGGGUAGUGGGGAGACACAUCAAAAGGUCAAACAAAUGUACAUGAUUGCAUCACUGGAUAGACAUUUCUCGCUUCUAUAUGUGCUUCUUAAACAACACAUUGCAGAUAAUGUGGACUUUAAGGUUAUUAUUUUCUGUACAACUGCUAUGGUUACAAGAUUGGUGGCUGAUCUGCUUGCUCAGCUAAGCAUGAACGUCAGAGAGAUCCAUUCUAGAAAACCGCAGGGAUACAGAACCAGAGUUUCUGAUGAGUUCCGCAAGUCCAAGGGUAUUAUCCUCGUAACAUCAGACGUAUCUGCUCGUGGUGUCGAUUACCCUGAUGUGUCACUAGUCGUACAGAUGGGAUUGCCAUCAGACAGGGAACAAUACAUACAUAGACUUGGCAGAACCGGGCGAAAAGGUAAGGAAGGGGAAGGUGUACUAUUGUUGGCACCAUGGGAAGAGUACUUUCUAUCUUCCGUUAAAGACUUGCCCAUCAACAAGUCUACCCUACCUCCAAUAGACCCUGAGGCUGUGAAAAAGGUGCAGAGGGGGCUUAGCCAAGUGGAAAUGAAGAACAAGGAGGCGGCAUAUCAGGCGUGGUUGGGUUACUACAAAUCUCAGAAGAUGAUUGCAAGAGACACGACCAGACUGGUGGAGUUAGCGAAUGAGUUUAGCCGGAGCAUGGGACUUGACGUCCCACCAGCUAUCCCAAAAAAUGUUCUUGGCAAGAUGGGUCUCAAAAACGUUCCUGGCCUUAGAACCAAGUAG